AUGUCGUAUCCGACUCUUCCAACAAAUCUCCCUCCAGCGACGCCGCAGAAACCCCUUCCUGGAGCUUACUUUCAGACCCCGGCACCAGUCACAGCACGGCCUUUACCGACUAGGUCACCAUUGCAGACGCAACCCCAAACGCCCAUGCCAAAGCUCCCUCCAGCAGCUUCGAAGUCCAAAAAUCAAACAUUGAGCACCGAGGAACGCGGGGCGCGAACGAUUAAUAGCAGCUUGCAAAGCGAAUCGCGUUAUCCAGACCUUGACAGCUAUUUAUCUCAGGGCUCCUCGUCUGAGUACAACAUCCCCGUAUCCCAAUCAUGGGCACCAUUCCAAAAAGUCAAAAUGUACGAUAUCCCCGACCAGAUUUUCGAUCAAUACAACCGCGCACAAGUUUCGACCAGUAUGGGUCUGUUUGCCGAGUUAAAUCACGCGUGGGUCGCGAUUGACAAUGCAUUAUACAUUUGGGAUUUCACACACUCUAACCCGCAAUUGGUGGGAUUCGAGGAACAGCCUAACAGCAUUAAUGCUGUUAAGUUGACCAAACCGCGCCCGGGAGUUUUCUUGCCUGCGAUCACCCAUUUGCUGGUCAUUGCGACAACUGCGGAGAUCAUUCUGCUGGGAAUGGGCUAUGAGAAUACGCCCAGCGGAGGUCGACAGGUUUCUCUGUAUCACACGGGAAUGUCGGUGGCAGUCCGCGGCUUGGAUAUAAAUGUUUUCGCGGCGUCAGCAUCCACUGGACGCAUUUUCUUUGGAGGAUCGUCUGACACCGAUGUGCACGAGGUCACUUACCAACAAGAGGAAAGGUGGUUCCAGGGCCGCUGUGGCAGAGUCAACCAUACCAGCUCGCGUCUAUCGGCUUUCAGGCCUUCAAUGAGCCUGACAAACCUUGCACAAAGCGCUUCCGAGCAUGUAGUGCAGAUGGCACUCGAUGACACUCGGAAGCUGCUCUACACACUCUCCUCUGCAUCUACAAUUCGAGUAUUCCACAUGGGACCCGAGGGCGCUUUGACACUCGCAAUCACCAAACGCGCUCUGGAUAUCUACUCUAACAUAGGGCACAUCAUCACCUCCAACGAAACCCUGAACCCCAGAAUCAAGAUUGUUUCGAUCAGUCCGGUGCCAGCCACAGAAGCGUCGCGGUAUCAUCUAGUUGCAACGACAGCAACAGGAUAUCGCAUUUAUCUCAGCGCCACUGGCUCAAACAGUUGGGCGCCUGCGUCGACCAACACCAGCCCUCCGACAAGCAUGCAGGCACUGCAUGUCAAGACACCUCCCGUCGAUCUCUCCCCCGGCGUGAGCGGGGUGGCAUCUUCCAUCUCACUCGUUUCGCCUCUUGGCGCGGUUUUACCUUCUGCUGGUCAGAUUACCACACUUUCACCCACUCGUCUCGCCGAGCGAUAUUCCCCCGGCUAUUUCUUCUGUUUUACUACCAAGGAUCCACAGCAAAAGAUUGAUACUCUUUUCAUCUCAACCCCUGACUCUGGUCGUAUCGCUCAGUACCAGGAAGGCUCGGUCAGUGGUAAAGCCGCUGAGUCGGCUAUCAUUCUAGACCUGGGAGGCAAGGCAGAGGAUAUUGGUCUGGUUUCGGCACCUUCACCAGUGACCAACGAGCUUGCCGUUCAAUUCGACCACCCAGCUGCCGAGAUUGCAAUCUUGACUAAUGGUGGAGUUCACAUCAUUCGUCGGCGUCGUCUCGUGGAUAUCUUCGCGGCCUUGCUCCGCACCGGCGGCAAUCCCCAUGAGGGACUGACCGGCGAUAUCCAAACUUUCCUGAGAACAUAUGGACGGAGCGAGAUGCUGGCAACUGCCCUGGCGGUGGCUUGUGGCCAGGGUAUGGAGAUUUCCCCUGACCAAAGACUGACUCGAAUUACCGAUCCGGACAUCCUGGCGGCAGCACGCCAGGCCUUCAUUACUCAAGGUGGUCGGGCCCAUCUGAAUGAAAAUGCUAUUGCGGAUGGCUCAAUGUCUGCUCUUGAUGCCGUGCAACCCUCUCCUCGACACACGGGUAUUGCACUAUACAUUGCGCGUCUGUUGCGAUCUAUCUGGAAGGAGAGGAUUGCCAAAGUGGGCAAUGGACCUAAUGGCGCACAAUCCGUUUCCGCGUCUGUGAGUUCCAGCAAACUGCAGACUGUCCAGCAUGAUCUCUCCUCACUGGCAGAGUUCUUCAAGGUGAACAAGACCUUUAUUGAUGGCCUCAACGGCCCCGACGCUCUUGCCCGGGUAAACAGCAAGCAAGAAGAAGUGGCGCUGCAAGCCGAGCACCGCGCAUUACACUCUCUCGUUCAAUUGGUAUCACACACAAUCGAAGGUAUCUCAUUCAUACUUGUUCUAUUUGAUGAGCGGGUUGAUGAGAUUGUGGCGACUUUGCCAGCUGAAUCGAAAGCGAAGUUCCUCAGCCUCACCUUUGAGGAACUCUUCAGCUCCAGCAAGGGACAUGACAUUGCUAAAGAACUCGUGAAGGGCAUUGUUAACCGCAACAUUGCCAAGGGCUCCAACGUCGAGACUGUGGCUGAUGCACUUCGACGACGCUGUGGCAGUUUCUGCAGUACUGAGGAUGUGGUGAUUUUCAAGGCACAAGAAAUGCUGAAGCGUGCGACUGAGGCCGGUGCCAAUACUGAAUUGGGCCGCAACUUGCUCAAUGAGAGUCUGCAUCUCUUCCAGCAGGUGGCGGAAUACUUACCAAUGGAUUAUCUGGUUUCGGCAGUGGACAAUUUCAUUUUCAACCAGUUCUUUGCAGGUGCUAUCCAGCUCGCCCUCAACGUUGCUGCUCGGUCCGACAAGUCAAACCUUGCGUAUUCCUGGAUCAUGGAUCAGCGUCCCGAACAGGACCCCCGCAAGGAAUACUUCUAUUUCCGCAAGCAGUGCUACGAUCUCAUUUUCAAAGUCGUGCUUGCAGUUGACAAAUUGGCUGCAUCCGAUCCCGGUCUCAUUGAUGGCCAGCUGACCACUAUUGCCAAACGCCAGAACGAAGCCUAUGGCGUGAUUUCUGAUUCUACCGAUGAGGUGUUCCUGACGAGUUUGUAUGACUGGUACCUCGAGCAGGGCUGGAGCGAUCGGUUGCUGCAGACGCAAUCUCCAUUUGUCGUCACCUACCUCCAGCGCAAGUCGAAUGAUGAUCUAGGCCAUGCUGAUCUACUCUGGCGGUUCUAUUCCCAAUCCCAACGGUUCUUCGAGACUGCACAGGUUCAAUUCCACCUGGCCAAUAGUGCUUUCGUGUUGCCCCUGAGUCGUCGUAUUGAGUACCUCGGUCAAGCCCGCGCCAACGCUUCGAUUUUCACACCGGACGUCGGGCGUCAGUCAAGACAGCGACUGCUGCAAGAGAUUUCGAAUCUCAUCGACGUGGCCAAUCUUCAGGAUGACCUGCUUCAAAGACUCAAGGAUGACGAGCGGAUUCUUCCCGAACGGAAACCCGAGAUCCUGCGCGAGGUCGAUGGGCCAGUGAUGGAUAUUAGCACACUGUUCAACAAAUACGCCGAUUCCGCCAGUUACCAUGAUAUCUGCCUUCAAAUCUUCUACCAAGCCGACCAUCGCAAUGCGGCCGACGUCAAGUCAACUUGGCAACACCUGAUCCAGGGGAUCCAUGACGCCACUGUUCAACGCGGCUCACCGCAACCUUACGAAGCGGUGAUCGACAAAGUCCGCAGCCUCGGCAGUCGGCUUCGCAUGUCCGAGACCAUUUUCCCCAUCCGCGAGCUCGUCCCCAUGCUGGAGCGGUAUGCAUUAGAGUUUCAACGCAACGUGGGCCCGGCUACCUGGGUGGUGGAUCUGUUCUUAGAUCUUGGCGUUGCACACGAAUCGCUGUAUGCGGUGCUGGAGACGAUGUACUACACCGACGAGGCGCCCUUCCACGGGUCAAACCGGCGAUUCAUCGCGCACGACCUGCUGUACCUGCUGAGUGGAUGGUUCCAUGAGACCGUGCGCCUGGGCGGCAUGGUCUUCGGCUCGGAUAUCGUUGCCGAACGUGUCUCUGAGAUGCUGCUGAUCCUGCAACAGAGCGGUGUCAUUAGUGGGGAACAAUUGGAGAUCGCUCAUGACUUGCGGUCACGGAUCGAUGAUAUUCUACGGUAA